UUGCAACAACAUAUUGAACAGAUGUCUAUUGUGUUAAGGUAAACAUCUGUUCAGUAUUUUAAUAUAAAAGUGUUUGAUUGUGAGGCAUUAAAAGCCACAAAAUGCAAAGGAUCCAUCAGACCCACACACGCUGACUGAGUAACAACAAUAUGAAAAAUACACAAGGGUUAAAUAGUUUAAUAUGUUAAUAUAUUACAUUUAGAUUAAAAAAAAAUACAAUAGUUUGUUUCUUUAGAGAGAGUUUUAACAGGCAAAUGGAACCAACUGUGUAGAAUGUCCCAUAAGUAAAGAAUAAAUGCAAUUUAACCCCACUCGGAUGGAUGAUUUAGUUUUAAGUCACCUACUAUAUAAACCAGCAGAUUACUACAAGAUGAAAGUCAAUAUUGGAAUAUUUUAAGUGACCUCAAAGAUCAAAAUAAAGGUCUUUAAAAAAAAAAGUAUUUGGGUAGUUUCUUUCCACAGUAAAAUACAGUAAUAGAUACUUGUGUCGUACAUGUAGUAGCGAGCAGGUGGGGUUUUUGGUUCCCUUGUACGUUGCACCAAAUUCCCUCCCCACUGUUCACUCCGCUGCUAUUGCACAACACGUUCGAUCUCCAUGUGCUGGCCUUAGGCCAAUCAGCACUGGCCCAGUCCUGUGUACCUUAUUGACAAGUAGUUACCUGUUGUCCUCCUGCUGUUUUGUACGGUAAAGUACAGUGUGCUCUAAGUCGACGUGACCCUGGAUUCCGGACUAGAUUGACCCAUUAGAAGUAGACAUCACUGCAACAAGGAGUGUCGCUUAGAGGGCCUUCUUUUAUUUGUGAGAGCGUGUGUGUCUGCGAGUGUGUGUGUGUGACGCCAUGGCUGUACUCAAAGUGCUGUGCUGCCUGCUGUUAACGUGUCACAUGGCACAGGGAAGAAAAGCUAAAGGAAAUAGAGCAGAUGUGGCAGUCCCAGACAAGAGAGGCCCCCUAAAGGUGAAAGAGCCUCAUGUCAGCAGUUCAGUCUUCAGGCUGUUUGUGGAGGGGGAGGACGACACCUGCACACUGGACCCUCUGCAGCUGCACAGCCUCUCCUCCUGUGGCUUCAACACCACUAAUCCCCUCAUCAUCAUCACUCACGGGUGGUCGAUGAAUGGCAUGAUGGAAAGCUGGGUGCUCAAGUUAUCCUCCAUCCUGAAGACUCAUCUUAAGGAUGUCAACGUCGUGAUCACUGACUGGCUGUCACUGGCUCAUCAGAACUACCCUACUGCAGCACAUAGCACACGUACUGUGGGGAAAGACAUCGCUCAUCUGCUGUCCUCACUCAAGGAGCACCAUGGAUAUUCAUUUGGCAAAGUCCAUCUGAUUGGUUAUAGCCUUGGAGCUCACAUAUCUGGAUUUGCCGGAAGCUAUAUUCACGGCCCGGAACAAAUUGGAAGAAUUACCGGUCUCGAUCCUGCGGGGCCCUUGUUUGAAGGAAUGUCGCCCACAGACAGACUGUCCCCUGAUGACGCCCAGUUUGUAGAUGCCAUCCACACGUUCACGCAUAAACGUUUGGGUCUGAGUGUGGGCAUCAAGCAGGCUGUGGCACAUUACGACUUUUAUCCUAAUGGAGGAGACUUCCAACCAGGAUGUGACCUGCACAACAUUUACGAGCACAUUGCCGAGUACGGCCUUCUUGGCUUUCAACAAACAGUGAAAUGUGCCCACGAACGUUCCGUGCAUCUGUUCAUUGACUCACUUCUCAACAAGGACGAGCAGAUCAUGGCCUACGGGUGCAGGGACAACAGAGCCUUUCUCAAAGGCGUCUGUCUGGACUGCCGGAAGAAACGCUGCAACACGCUGGGCUACAAUAUCAAGACUGUUCAUACUGGCAAAAGCAAGAGGCUCUACGUGAAAACACGCUCCAAGAUGCCCUACAAGUUUUAUCACUACCAGUUCAGGAUCCAGUUUGUCCAGUCCAUGGAGAGCCCGAAGCCUUUGCUCAGCAUCUCUCUCACUGGUACCAAAGAGGAGAGUGGAAAAGUUCCCGUCACCUUUACAGAGCAUGUUUUCGGGAAUAAGACCUAUUCCUCGCUGAUAACCUUGGACAGACAUUUGGGGGCUCUAAUGUUGCUCAAGUUCCAAUGGCAAGGAUCAGCUCUGUGGAAGCACAUGUGGAAUAGGGUGCAGACCAUCAUGCCUUGGAGUGGACACCAGAUCCAACCUCUGCUGACUGUAGGCAAAAUCAGCGUCAAAGAUGGUGACACACAAAAGCGGACAUCCUUUUGUCCCAUGGAAAUUGGUGCACAGCAUGUGCAAAUGUCACAAGAAACAGUGUUUGUGAGAUGUCAACAGGACCCACCGAGGCACCACCACAAGGGGAAUCACUUCAGAGACUCACCUGUUCAUUCAAAACACUGAUGUGCUCUUUGGGUUCCACCUCACAUCCAAAUGAUGUGCAGUGCAACACCCGGAAAGGUCUGAGGAUGUUCCUGCUCCUGAUAAAUAAGACAAUGUGUCAUUUAAUGUUGAGUGUAGAAACAUUUGUAGUGCAUCCGAAAAGUAUUCCUAUAGGUUACAGCCUCAAUACAAAAGUUCUUGUUUUUUCUUAAUACUCUACAGACAAUAUCCCCUAACCACAAUGUUUGCAGCACCUCUCGAGUCCCAUCAGAUUGGAUAGGAAUUGUUGCUUUUCCUCCAUGAUGUCUCUGUACAUUCAUCUUAGUUUUGUCAGGAAAGUGACUAAGAACCAGAUGGUCACUGUCAGAACCACAGCAUUCUUUGGAGAGAGGGGAACUUUCCAGUAGAACAAACUCUGCAGCAAUCUACCAAUCAGGACUGUAUGGUAUUGAGCAGACGAAAGUCAUUUCCGUAAAUACAACUGAGAAACAAAAUUCUCUGGUCUGAUGAGACAAAUGAUUGAACUCUUUGUGUGAAUGUCAGGCAUCAUGUUUGAAGGAAACCAUGAGGCAACACUCAUCACCAAGCCAAUAUUGCCGCUACAAUGAAGCAUGGUGGUGGCAGCAUCAUGCUGUGGCGAUCGUUUUCAGCGGCAGGAUAGAGGGAAAGAUGAAUGCAGUAAUAUACAUAGACAUCCCCGAGGAAAACUAACACUUCCAUCCACUUUUAAUGGAGCUUGAGAGGAGCUACAAAGAAUGGGCAACAAAGACAUGCCCAAUGAUAGGUGUGCCAAGCUUGGUGCAUUGUUUUCAAAAAGACUUGAGGCUCUAAUUGCUGCCAAAGGUGCAUCAACAAAGUAUUGAGCAAAACCAAAGGUGCAUCAACAAAGUAUUGAGCAAAAGCUAGGAAUACUUAAAAAAAAAAAAAAAAAAAAACACUUUUUACAUUGUCAUUGUGGGAUAUUGUGUCUUGAUUUUUGAGGACAAAAAUUAAUUAAUUCCAUUUUGGAAUGUAACAACAAAAUUUUGGGAAAAUGUUAAGUGCUGUGAAUAAUUUCCGGCUGCACUGUAAUAUUGGCAAGUUCAGGGAAUCACAACACUUUACAUCAGAAUGUUUUGUAAAGUUGUCACAAAUUACAGUAGUGAAUCAAAAUGAAAAACCUAUGCAAAAAAUAAAUGUCAUAAUCUUUGUGGUCUCCAGUACAUGCUGGACAAACCACUUAAGCAGUUUGUGCUGACUUCCAGGGUGACAUCAGCGUGCGGUUGACCUCAUUGUGUAGAAAUGUCAUACAUUAAAGCUGUACGUGAAGAUGAUUUAUUAAUGCAUUUCAAAUAAAGCAAAUACUUAGGUAAAAAGCAAAAACCAUUGAAGUUACAGUAAAACAUAAAAUCAGCACUGCAGUAUACGGACAUAAGUCCUUUUAAACCCCAAAUAAGUGUUGCAUCAAACAGAAAUUGAAAACCCCCACAUUGUUACAACACAUGAAUGCAAAACAAAUGCAUGAAUUUGGUGGAAAACAUGAAUGCGUCACUAACAUCUCUAAGACAUCAUCAAACGCACCAACCAUUAGCUGAGGUGUUACAUGUAGACUGAAUGGACUUGAUAUUCCAGAAGUGAAUUUUAUUCAGCAAGAGGCAUUAAAAGACUAAAAACAAAGUUUUUGUCACAUUUAUAACAUACUGUAUUCACAUACAAACCAAAAGUGAAGACAAAACCUAAGUUGUGGGGUCACUGACAAUACGCCUCAGCUUAAGUUGGAUCUGCUGUCAGUGGGCACAUUAAGUACAAAAACAAAACAGAAUUGUAAAGAUUGGGUAAAAGUUUGCUUGCAAUUCAGUCAAAGUUGUCUCAGUGACAAAAAAACAGCCAACUCCCUCACCCUUAACACAAAAAUCACAUAACAAAUUUAGAUAAAUAGUCCAUUCAUCUAUUUUCUACUGCUUGUUCUUCUCGGGAUCACGGGGGUGCUGGAGCCUAUCCCAGCUGCACUCAGGCUGAAAUCGUUGUACACCCUGGAUAAGUCACCACCUCAUCGCAGGGCCAACACAGAAAGACAACAUUCACACUCACGUUCACACAUUAAAUACCAUUGAAUAUGCCCCACAUAAUGCACUUUUUUUUGCACAUUCUAAACUUACUUAUCCAUAAAGCUUUCGGGAGGCACCAUUUAGGAAAUAACCUAACCAUUCUUUUCUGUUUUAUUAAUCCUGAGAGAAACAAUCACCAUUGAGAGAACUGUACAAGCUGAAAGAAUAAAGGCAAUACAUUAGAAAAAGUUUGUGUUUCUAUGGCUUUUCAUUUAGAACCUUGUAAAAUAACAUUGGCAGCACAAGUGUUUUGAUUGGUGGUCAAAUUUAAAUGUACUGUAAGAAUAUUUCAAGAGAUGGGCCUUAAGGUAAGCUGCCAGCUUCCCCUGGUAUAAAACAAAAAACAGCCCAGUGAAAAAAUGUUACGAUCAAGACCGCAUAACAGAGCUCAGUGAACUUCUCUUCUGGCUCUCAGGAGCACGAAGCGUGCUGUCCAGUGACGAUUCAGUUGCAAUGUGAGUUCCACCUCACACGUAGGCAUAGAGUAGUCCGUUUGAUAAUAAUAAUGACGAUGAUAAUACAUCUUAUGUAUGGAGCCCUUUUCAAAAACUCAAGAUGCUUUACAGGGUAAAACAUGUAAGACAAGUGCGAAAACAGAAAAGCUUUUUAAAAAUACAUACAGAAAGCAAGAUUAAAAUGUUGUGAUGUGAUGUAUUACCAAAUUUGAAAGUUUCAAAAAGUUUUGCGUUAAAAGCAGUGUGGAAUAGGUGUUUUUUUUAAGUUAGUAUCAAAGGUAGUAGUGUCAGCAGUUGUCACGGAUGUGUGGGGAAAGCAAGUUCAAGAGGAAGGGUGCGGCAACGGAGGGUUUUGCACCCCCCAGGUCCACUGCUUAGUGUCCUUGUAAGGAGGUAAGGAAGUUUCUUCACAGAAGGUGUAGGGUAGAGCAAGUCUUGACGUAAGAGGGGGCCUGGUUUACUGUAAAGGAUGACUCCAAGGUUCCGGUGGUGGGGUGCGGGUGAAGGGUAGCAUUAUUUAAGGAGAAUCAGAACUUUUGCUAUAGAGGUGAGGGAAUUUGGACCUAUUAUGAAGAUGACAAAUUUGGUACACUUAAG